GCUCAACCACCCCCAAACAGAAGGGAUCUCUCUCCUGCACUCCCCCAGCACUUCCUCUGUUCCCCAGCCCUGAUAACUUUCUGCUUUGUACUGUGGUUAUUUGUGUAACAUGGCUUAUUUCCCCCUCUGCAGAGGAUGCUCUCCAAUUUCCCCCACAGAAUAGCCCAGCAGACAGCGCACAUGGGCAUGUGUGUGUGUGUAUGUGUGUGUGUGUGGGGGGGGGUUGUGUCCGUAUAUGUGCAUGUCUGCAUGUGUUUGUGUCUAUUUUCAUGUGUCUGUGGAUGUGUUUUUGUUUCUAAGUUUGUCUGCCUUUGGAUGUGUCUGUGUUGUACCUCUGCAUGCAUGUGUGUGAGUGUGUGUGUGUGUGUGUGUGUGCACAUGCAGAUGUUUUGCUCCUGGCUGGGAAGAGUCCAGAGAGGGGGUGCUCCCAGACCCUUUCUGAAAUCCAGGAAUCCAAAGAGGGAACUGGUUUUGCUUGACCCCUGCACAGAUGAGAAACUGAGGUGCAGAGAGGAAAAGUGACAUGUACGGGCUCACACAGCUGGUCAGUGGAAGUCAGGACCUGAGCCUUGGCCUGCCCAGCGUCUUACUCUACAACAGGCUCUUUCUGUCUCUCUGUGUGUGCAUGUGUAUGUCUGUGUGCGAGAGAAAGAGAAGAAGAGAGAUUUUCCAUGUGAUCAUCAUGUCCCAGAGUGUUGUUCUGGGGGCUCUGACUUGAGGGAUUCCACAUCCCCAGUGCUGUUUCUUCAGCAGUAUGUAUGAUGUCAGAAGCAACGCCGUCAAGCACCCUCCUUUUUUUGCCAGGCUCCCUUGUGGGAGGCUGUGCUGACAGCCCGACCUCCCUGCCACUAUUCCCUUUGCAACCAAAACAGGGGGUGAGCUCUCAAGGGAGGAAUUGCCAAAGAGUGCAGAGCCAGGGGCAGCACGGAGCCGGGAGUGAGGAGAGGCAGCAAGAUGUCAUGAAAAGCCUGGGCCCUGGGUUUGAAUCCUAGCUUUUUUACUUAAUAGCUAUGUGACCUUGAGCAAGUUUAUAUCACCUCUCUGAGCCUCAAUGUCUUCAUCUGUGAAAUGAGACUAAUGGUGCUUGCCUUGAUAAGUUUCAAGAAUUCAAUGAGCUAAGUAGUGCCUUUGCCCUAGGAAUUAAGAGGUGACAACAGGGCCCUACAGCAGCCUGAGAGGAGCGGGUGUAAGACAGCCUGUGUGGAGGAGGCAGGCAGGCAUGGAAAGGCAUACCUGAGCAGAGCGUUGAAGGCUGAGCAGGAGGUAGCCAGGUUGGGGCAAUGGGGCAGAGAAUAUAUGAGGUGGGGGUCAAGUCAGGAGAGCCAUCCAUGGCCACAGUGAGGAAGGUGAAGGUUAUCCCAUGGCUGCUGAUUCCUGGAACACCCAAGUUAGAUCAUGUCCCUCCUCUGCUCACCUCAAUCAGAGCAAAAGCCAAAGUCUUUAUUGUAGGCUCAUGUCCUUUCCGAUUUGGCCCCCAUGACCUCUCUGAUCAUAUCUCCUAUCUCCUCUCAUUCACUCUGUUCCGGCCACACUGGCCUCUUCACUGUUUCUCAAACAUGCCAGACACAGUUCUACCUCUGGACCUUUGCACUGGCUGUACCCUCUCUCUGGACUGCUCUGCCUUUGUCAUGCAACUUACUCUCACUUCCAUCAGCACUCUGCUUAUAUGCCAUUGCUUCAGAAAGGCCUUCCCUGAACACCACAUCUCAAACAGCACCUUUUCGCAAUCUGAUUUAUUUUCCUUCCUAGCACUUCACCCCUACCUGAAAUGGCAGGAUAUAUUUACUUGUUUCUUUCUUCUCUAAGCCUCCAACCUUGUGCCCCCCAUAAUGAGACCAUUCUCUGGGUCCCAGCCACACCCAUUCCCUCACUAGAACAUCACCUCCCUGAGAAUGUUCCUGUGCAUUUUGCUCACUAGUAUAUUUCCAGCACCCAGCACUGUGCCUGGCAUAAAGAGGGUGCUCAGUUGUUGUUUGUUGAGUGAGUUAUCUGGCGCUGUGGAAGGGUUUUAGUGAGAAAAUGAAAUAGUUAGGUUAGUACGGUUUUGUUUUUGUUUUUUGUUUUUGAGACAGGGUCUCACUUUGUUGCCCAGGCUGGAGUGCAGUGGCACGAUCACGGCUUACCGCAGCCUUGACCUCCUGGGCUCAAGCGAUUUUCCUGCCUCAACCUCCCUAGUAGCUAGGACCACAGGCAUGUGCCACCACGCCUGGCUAAUUUUUUAUUUUCUGUAGAGACAGGGUCUCCCUAUGUUGCCCAGGCUGGUCUUGAACUCCUGGGCUUAAGUGAUCCUCCUACCUCAGCCUACCAAAGUGCUGAGAUUAUGGGCCUGAGCCACCAUGCCUGGCAAUACCUUUUUUUUUUUUUUUUUUUUUGAGAUGGAGUCUCACUCUGUCACUCAGGCUGGAGUGUGGUGGCACAAUCUUGGCUCACUGCAACCUCCACCUCCCGGGUUCAAGCGAUUCUCGUGCCUCAGCCUCCCGAGUAGCUGGGACUACAGGGGCCCGCCACCACAUCCGGCUAAUUUUUUGUAUUUUUGGUAGAGACGAGGUUUUGCCAUGUUGCCCAGGCUGGUCUUCAACUCCUGGCCUUAAGUGAUCCUUCCAUGUCAGCCUCUGGAGUAGCUGGGAUUACAAGUGUAAGCCACUGUGCCCAACUAGAUUUGUACUUUUUUUUUUUUUUUUUUUUUGGAGACAGUCUCACUCUAUCUCCCAGGCUGGAGUGCAGUGGUGCAAUGUCAGCUCACUGCAGCCUCUGCCUCCUGGGUUCAAGUGAUUCUCCUGCCUCAGCCUCCCGAGUAGCUGGGAUUACAGGCACACCCACCAUGCUCAGCUAAUUUUUGUAUUUUUAGUAGAGGUGUGGUUUCAUCAUGUUGGCCAGGCUGGUCUUAAACUGCUGACCUCAGGUGAUCCACCUGCCUUGGCCUCCCAAAGUGCUGGGAUUACAGGCAUGAGCCAUGGCGCCAGGCCUAGGUUUGUACUUUUGGUGGUGGUGGUGGUGGGUUUUUUUUUGUUUUUUGUUUUUUGUUUUUUUUUUUAGACGGAGUCUCGCUCUGUCUCCCAGGCUGGAGUGCAGUGGCGCGAUCUUGGCUCACUGCAACCUCUGCCUCCUGGAUUCAAGCGAUUCUCCUGCCUCAGCAGGAGAUUACAGGCCCCCACCACCACGCCCGGCUAAUUUUUGUAUUUUCAGUAGAGACGGGUUUUCGCCAUGUUGCCCAGGUUGGUUUUGAACUCCUGGCCUCAUGUGAUCUGCUCGCCUCAGCCUCCCAAAGUGCUGGGAUUACAGGAGUGAGCCACCACGCCCGGCCCAGAUUUGUACUUUUGAAAGCUCUCACUGGCCACAGGGUGAAGAAUGGGUUGGAAGAGGAGAUUGGAGGCUGUGGUAAAAGUUCAGGAGAGAGUAUUUCUUAGAGCAGCCUCCUGAGCACAUUCAUUGACUCCCUCUGGACGGCAGCUUUUAUUGAGCACCUACUCUGUUCCAGGCUGUGUACUCUGUGUUAGCUGGGAGAUUAUCAAAUUCUCUUCCUGAGCUGGGAUUCUGGGAGUCAUGAACACAAAUAGCUGUCACGCUUUGCCAAAGCUAACCUGUGCCAUAAAAAGCAGGACAGACAUGUGCUGUGUGUGGGAGCUCUGAACAGGAUCAGCAAUAAUUUCUGGCUGGAGGCGGGAUUCAGGAGGGCUUCUUAGUGGUGGCAUAUGACCUGAAUCUUGACGGAACUAGGAUGUGGGGGAAUUUCUCAGAUUGCAGAUGGCGGAGACGAUGGGGAUUGCAUUUCAAGUGGUAGGUACUGUAUGAGCAGUUUUUGGAGGUAGAAAGCAGAGGAGCAUUUGGGAAAAGCAGGAUCUGGGCCAGGCUGGAAUGAUGGGUGGAUGGAGUAGGGGGCUGGCAGCCAACCCUGAAGUAUGGCUUAAUGUUUAAGAGUGUGGGCUGUGGAGUCAGACUGCCUGGAUUUGAAUCCUGGCUCUAUCAUUAGUAGUUGUGUGACCAUAGAUAUGUUACUUAACCUCUCUGGGCCUCAGUUUCUUUAUGUGUAAAAUGAAGAUAAAUUACAGUACCUACCUCAUACGGUUGUCUUGAAGAGUAAGCAAGUUAUUCAGUGUGAAGUGGUAAGAAUGGUACCUAAAUGUGCUAAAUGGUCUAUAAAUAUUAGCUGUUGUAUCUUGGAGAAGCCUCAAAUGCCAGAAUAAGGGACUUGGGCUAUCUCUUCUGAGCAGCGGAAGUUAUAGAUGAUGGUUCAUGCAUACAGGAGACAGCUGAUCAAAACUGGGCUUGAGCUGUGUGCUGGGAGGGGAGGUUUGAGAGAUUAGUGGGCAAGAUCCUGCAGUCCUGGCAGGGAGGAGAGGAACAUCUUGGAUGCCGGGAGUGGGCUGAGCUGGGGCUGAACCCUGGAGCGGGGGUGAUGUCAGGGCCACCGCCCCAGGCCCAGGCGGAGAGAGAAUUUGGGGUGGAGAGCGAGCAAUGGGUGGGAGCUCUCCCCAGGGCGGAGCCGAGCUCCACAGCGCUGCAGCCCGUGACCCGGCCUCGGCCUCGUGGGCGCAGCCUUCACACCACAUCCAGCCCCCAGUGCAAAGCACUCUGCUGCAAGGCUGGCAGGCCUGUUGCAGUUCAAGCUCCUGCACUGGUAGAGUCCCCCCCAGUACCUACCCCAGCCCAUUUCUGCCCUUUGCCUUCGCCUCUGCCAAAUAGGGGCUGGGGAGUACCCCUUCACCUCUUUACCAGCCAAGAGCCUCCAACCUUGUGCCCCCCACAAUGAGACCAUUCUCUGGGUCCCAGCCACACCCAUUACCCCAACAGCCUCCUCCAUGCCUCACCUGCGUGUUCCUUCCCGCCCGACUCCUUCCCUGUCUUCCCCACCUCUGUGGCUCUUCACCAUGCAGGCUCGGCUCAAGGCGCCUGGGCUCUGUCGCCACCUGGGUUCCCUGGCAGCCUGGUUGCCAUGGCACCAUAGGAGCAGUUCUGGUGGAACAACAGCUCUGGGAAACCAGGGCAGGCAAGACCCGGGGCCCAGCUCCUGCCACGCGUGGAGACUCCCCUGCCCCCUUCCCCCAGCUGAGCAGAGGAGGCCAUGAGGAGAAAAAGGAAGCUGCCCCGCAGGGCUGCUCUUUACCUUGUGGAGGGUGAUGCCCCAGGCAGUGACCUGAGCACAGCGGUUGAUAGUCCUGGGAGCCAACCCCCCUACCGGCUGAGCCAGCUGCCCCCCUCCAGCAGCCACAUGGGGGGCCCCCCUGCUGGAGUGGGCCUUCCCUGGGCUCAGCGGGCACGCCUCCAGCCGGCCAGUGUCGCCCUGAGGAAGCAGGAGGAGGAGGAGAUAAAGCGCUCCAAGGCCCUAUCGGACAGCUAUGAACUCUCCACAGACCUGCAGGACAAGAAGGUGGAAAUGCUGGAGAGGAAGUAUGGGGGCUCCUUCCUGAGCCGCAGGGCUGCCAGGACCAUCCAGACAGCCUUCCGCCAGUACCGCAUGAACAAGAACUUUGAGCGGCUACGCAGCUCAGCCUCAGAGAGCCGCAUGUCCCGCCGCAUCAUCCUUUCCAACAUGCGGAUGCAGUUCUCCUUUGAGGAGUAUGAGAAGGCACAGAACCCCGCGUACUUCGAGGGCAAGCCUGCCUCGCUGGACGAGGGUGCCAUGGCUGGUGCCCGGAGCCACCGGCUUGAACGGGGGCUCCCAUAUGGAGGCUCCUGUGGUGGGGGCAUCGAUGGUGGUGGAAGCUCCGUCACCACAUCUGGAGAGUUUUCUAAUGACAUCACAGAACUUGAAGACUCCUUCUCCAAACAGGUAAAGUCUCUGGCUGAAUCCAUCGACGAAGCCCUGAACUGCCACCCGUCAGGGCCCAUGUCUGAGGAGCCAGGGUCAGCCCAGCUGGAGAAGCGGGAGUCAAAGGAACAGCAAGAGGACAGCUCAGCCACAUCCUUCAGUGAUCUUCCCCUCUACCUGGAUGACACAGUUCCCCAACAAUCCCCUGAGCGACUGCCCAGCACAGAACCCCCACCCCAGGGCCGGCCCGAGUUCUGGGCGCCAGCCCCUCUCCCGCCAGUUCCUCCACCAGUGCCAUCAGGAACCCGGGAAGACGGUAGCCGUGAGGAAGGCACUCGCAGGGGUCCCGGGUGCUUGGAGUGCCGGGAUUUCCGGCUGCGGGCCGCCCACCUUCCCCUGCUUACCAUUGAGCCUCCUAGUGACAGCUCCGUGGACCUGAGUGACCGCUCAGAUCGCGGCUCUGUCCACCGCCAGCUGGUGUAUGAGGCUGAUGGCUGCAGCCCCCAUGGGACCCUGAAGCACAAGGGGCCACCAGGCAGGGCCCCGAUCCCACACCGCCACUACCCAACCCCUGAGGGCCCAGCCCCAGCCCCACCAGGGCCCCUGCCACCAGCCCCCAACAGUGGCACUGGGCCCAGUGGUGUGGCUGGGGGUCGGAGGUUGGGGAAGUGCGAGGCAGCAGGCGAGAACUCUGAUGGUGGAGAUAAUGAGAGCCUCGAGAGCUCCAGCAAUUCCAAUGAGACCAUCAACUGCAGCUCCGGCUCCUCUUCUCGGGACAGUCUAAGGGAGCCUCCGGCCACCGGCCUGUGCAAGCAGACUUACCAGCGGGAGACAAGGCACAGCUGGGACUCGCCAGCUUUCAACAAUGACGUGGUCCAGAGGCGGCACUACCGAAUCGGCCUCAACCUCUUCAACAAGAAGCCAGAGAAGGGUAUCCAGUAUCUGAUCGAGCGGGGCUUCCUGUCAGACACACCGGUGGGAGUGGCUCACUUCAUCCUGGAGCGGAAAGGCCUCAGCCGGCAGAUGAUAGGGGAAUUCCUAGGGAACCGGCAGAAGCAGUUCAACAGAGACGUGUUGGACUGUGUGGUGGAUGAAAUGGACUUCUCCUCCAUGGAUCUGGAUGAUGCGCUCCGGAAGUUCCAGUCCCACAUCCGGGUUCAGGGUGAGGCCCAGAAAGUGGAGCGACUCAUCGAAGCCUUCAGCCAGCGGUACUGUGUCUGUAACCCAGCCCUCGUGCGCCAGUUCCGGAACCCAGACACCAUCUUCAUCCUUGCUUUUGCCAUCAUCCUCCUCAAUACCGACAUGUACAGUCCCAGCGUCAAGGCUGAACGAAAGAUGAAACUAGAUGACUUCAUCAAGAACCUGAGAGGGGUUGACAAUGGUGAAGACAUCCCCCGAGACCUCCUGGUGGGCAUCUACCAGCGCAUCCAGGGGCGUGAACUGCGGACCAAUGAUGACCAUGUGUCCCAGGUGCAGGCUGUGGAGCGCAUGAUUGUUGGAAAGAAACCAGUCCUGUCUCUUCCUCACCGUCGACUGGUUUGCUGCUGCCAGCUCUACGAGGUGCCAGAUCCAAACCGCCCCCAGAGGCUAGGGUUGCAUCAGCGGGAGGUCUUCCUCUUCAAUGAUCUCCUUGUGGUCACCAAAAUUUUCCAGAAGAAGAAGAUCUUGGUGACGUACAGUUUCCGUCAGUCUUUCCCCCUCGUGGAAAUGCACAUGCAGCUCUUCCAGAAUUCAUAUUACCAGUUUGGGAUCAAGUUGCUGUCUGCAGUACCUGGCGGGGAGCGAAAAGUCCUCAUCAUCUUCAAUGCCCCCAGCCUCCAGGACCGGCUGCGCUUUACAUCCGACCUGCGCGAGUCCAUUGCGGAGGUGCAGGAGAUGGAGAAAUACCGUGUGGAGUCGGAGCUGGAGAAGCAGAAAGGUAUGAUGCGGCCUAACGCCUCACAGCCUGGAGGGGCCAAGGACUCAGUGAAUGGGACGAUGGCCCGCAGUAGCCUGGAGGACACUUACGGGGCAGGCGAUGGGCUCAAACGGGGCGCACUCAGCAGUUCCCUGCGAGACCUCUCUGAUGCAGGGAAGCGGGGGCGGCGUAACAGCGUGGGAUCGCUGGACAGCACCAUCGAAGGGUCUGUUAUUAGCAGUCCACGCCCUCACCAGAGGAUGCCACCUCCGCCCCCACCCCCGCCGCCAGAGGAGUACAAGAGCCAGAGGCCCGUCUCCAACUCCUCAUCCUUCCUGGGCUCCCUAUUUGGAAGCAAGCGGGGCAAGGGGCCCUUCCAGAUGCCACCACCGCCAACAGGCCAGGCCUCUGCCUCCUCUUCAUCUGCUUCUUCCACACACCACCACCACCACCACCACCAUCAUGGCCAUAGCCACGGUGGCCUGGGGGUGCUGCCUGAUGGGCAGUCCAAGCUCCAGGCCCUGCAUGCCCAGUAUUGCCAAGGACCGGGCCCUGCCCCACCACCCUACCUCCCACCCCAGCAGCCCUCUCUUCCCCCACCUCCCCAGCAGCCCCCACCCUUGCCCCAGCUGGGCUCCAUUCCACCGCCUCCCGCCUCAGCCCCACCUGUGGGGCCACAUCGCCACUUCCACGCCCAUGGCCCAGUCCCAGGGCCCCAACACUAUACCUUGGGCCGGCCAGGCAGGGCACCCAGACGGGGGGCUGGAGGACACCCUCAGUUUGCUCCACAUGGCCGCCACCCCUUGCACCAGCCCACAUCCCCACUGCCCCUGUACAGUCCUGCCCCCCAGCACCCUCCAGCCCACAAACAGGGCCCUAAGCACUUCAUCUUCAGCCACCACCCACAGAUGAUGCCAGCAGCAGGCGCAGCUGGGGGCCCUGGAUCCCGGCCACCAGGGGGCUCCUACUCCCACCCCCACCACCCCCAGUCACCAUUGUCACCACACUCACCCAUCCCACCCCACCCCUCCUAUCCACCCCUCCCCCCACCCUCCCCUCACACCCCGCACUCACCCCUUCCGCCCACCUCCCCCCAUGGCCCGCUGCACGCCUCUGGGCCCCCUGGCACAGCCAACCCCCCCAGUGCAAACCCCAAGGCCAAGCCAAGCCGGAUCAGCACCGUGGUCUGAUGAAUGGAGAGAGUGAGCUGGGGAACAGGAAAGUCUGGGGAACCACAGGAGAGGGACCUUGCACCCUCUUUGCUUCCUUGGUUUUUUCAAAAAUAUAUAUACACAUAGCAACGUCCUCCUCCCCAUGUCCUCCCUGCCUUGGGACCCAUCCUCUCACCCCCAGCAGUUGCCAUGGGGUUUCCUUCCAGAUUCGAGGAUCCUUGCCACUUGAAGCCUGGACUCAGGGUGCUCCAGCGCUGGGGAGUGGUGAGGGCCUUCCAGAGAUCCUCGUUCUCUGUCUCCCGUCUUCUUCUUCCCCACUUUUCCCUGGAGGUCUAGCUCUGUGGCCUCAGACCUCUGGGCCUGUGUGAGCUCCCUGUGAGCUCUGGCUGGCGGAGAAGGGCAGGUGUCCGGAGCUGUCGGGGUGAAGGCUUCCCCAGGGCUCCUCUGGCCGUGUGGGGCUAGGAGAGCGCUCUGUAGAGUUGUGGCCAAACCUCAGCUGGCUCAGCCCUCUCUCUGACCUCAGGGCCUGGCCACACACUUCCAUGUGUCUUUUUGCCUGCUGGAGGACACGGACCAUUGAUGCACUCGGUGGGUGGGACCCUGCUUGUGUUGGCCCCACGUGGGGCAGUGCUUCCUCUCUCGAGCCAGUCUAUGCCCUUUCUCCAGUAGGCCCCAGCCCAGACCUCUUUGGCUUCAGGAACUUGCCUCGCCCUGCAACGUUCUUAUCCUGAUCAAAGUCCAGACAGGUUUUGGGGGGGGCUCAGGUCUGGGAUGAGAAGGGCACUGCCCUCCCUCACCCAUAUUGCAUGCCCCCCCCAUUCCCUAACACCUACCCCACCUACAGCUGAAGACAAUGCACUUUACAGAUAUCGCCCACACACACCUCGCUGGGGCAGGGCACCCAGCAUCAGCCCUGGGGAGAGAGGCUCCCAAAGGGCCACCAUGAGCCCAAGAUAUCCUUUCUGAGGCAGAGAUUGAAGCCAUCAGAGCUGGGGUUGGGAGCCCGAAUGCCUGAGUCCUUCUGUCCGUCAGAAUCUCCGCUGCCUCUCCAGCCCUUUUGCAGCCCUGUUUAUUUAUUAUAAAUAUAUUUUUUACAAGCCCCAGCUCCUCUUCUUGCCCCACAUAUCCAGCUCCUCACUCAGCUCCUGCCUCCCUCUCCCCUCUCCACCAUGGGCUGCAGUAUAGACAGACAGACGGACCCUGGCUGUACGAAGGGCCAGGGCCACUGGGGCUUGGGGGCGGGGGAGGGUGGCAGUGGGAGGGGCUGUAUGGAGAGGAGCUGGGGUUCAGGCAUUGUCUUUUUUCCUCCUUGUAUAUAAGAAUGUAUAUUUGAUGCCUCAUAAAAGACCUUGUGCUCA